AUGGCGACCGAACUCUUUCUUUGGGACCACCCGGUCAGCUCAUAUGCGCAAAAAAUCCGCAUCGCGCUGCGGGAGAAGGGAAUACCGUUCAAGUUCGAAACUCCGAAAGGCGGUGGAAGCGGCAACCUCGCCACCAUAGACCCUAAAUUUUCGGAGGGUAAUCACCGCAUCCAAGUCCCCACGCUUGUGGACGGUGAUCUCAAGAUCUUCGACUCCACCAUUAUCCUUGAGUACAUCGAAGAUAAGUACUCCGACGUACCGCUUCGCCCGGCGGAGCCAGCAGGACGAGCGAGAGCCCGCAUGAUCGAGGAUGUUUGCGAUUCGCAAUAUGAAGCCGUCAACUGGGGAAUGGGUGAGAUUCAAACCUUCCAGCGGGCGGAAGGGGAGAAGGCGAGCAAGAUGACGGAACAGGCCAGGCAUCAAGUCAGGCAGCUGCAUGCUUGGCUGACCGAGCAGCUGGGUGACGCGGAAUGGUUUGGCGGCGACCGGUUUGGCUGGGCUGAUGUCUGUGUCUGGCCCAUGGUGAAUCGUUCAACCUCGUACCACGUGGAACCCGAGCCCGGCACUCCUCUUCGACGAUGGUAUGAGAAAGCUAAAGAGCGUCCGUCGGUGAAAUCGGUGUAUGAUGAAUUUACCGCCGCGUCGGGAGGAUUCUCGGCGGCUACGGACGCGCUGAAGAAGGGGUUAAUGAGGCGUGAGUAUCGGGAUCAUCGACUGGAGUGGAUGAUCAAGUCGGGCGGCAUUGAUAUUGUCAUGGCAGGAUUGGCGAAGAACAAUAUUCGAUUCUCAUGGCCAUAUUCCCUGGAAUGA